ACACUUUUCAAGUGUACGUAACACGAACCUUACUAUAAAACAUGGGCAUAAACAAAAGGCCGAAUUUUGGAAAUUCCAAAAUUACAAGGAGUAUAUACAAAAUCAUGCUCUGUAUGGAGCAAAAUAUGGAAUCGAAAAUCGUACAGACUGGCCCCCACCAAUCAACUUUUCAGAAUUCACAAAUUCC